AUCCGCCGCGCGUGCCGGGACGACAAAUUUCUCGGCAGUGGAACACGAUGCGAAGAGUUACAAAGAUAAGAAUCAGGAACUACAAGACCCACGACCGGCAUUGACACGAAAGUCCGCGAUCAGCACUCGCAGAGGAACUACAACAUCCAAUGGAACACGGCCAAGCAGGCGGUCAACUACUAGCUUUUUGCCGGAAGCACCGAAAGCCUUUUCUUUGAACGCCCAAUCAACUGGACGGCAGCCUGGUGACGAAGAAGAUGAACGCGGUGUGCCUUCCAUGGCCUAUUGGCU